AUGACCUCGCGUCAGCGGUCGUCUUCGGCACGGUCAAACAACUCAGACCAUAACGUGAGGCAAACCUCAACUCCAUCGCCGUCUCACUAUCCACAAAAAAAUGGUUCAAUUGUACCAGAGGACUUGGUAUUGAACGAUGUCCCGACAUAUAGCCGCAAUAACUCAUCAAAUCUGCUGAUACCAUCACAAGGCAUUGGAUCUCCCUAUCCCGCUAUCUCAGGUGGGACACCGCCUUUACAAGGCGCAGGGUCAGCUGCGCAGAGGCCGAGAGCCAGCACUACAGAUCAGGCUGCUGGACAACAGAAUCUCUAUCGUAACAUACCCUUUCGAGCUGGACCAAGGAAUCAGAUUCCGCUGGAGUACAUACAAGGACAGAGAUUUCCAUCAAAUCCCCUAACGAUGGAUUCAAGGCCGCCUUAUAUCCCUGGACCUCCACCUCAACCGCAGCAACAGAAUCACAUGAUCUCGCUGCCUCCUCCACCACCUCGCCCACCUGCGAUGAACAGCUCGAAUCAUGGUAUGGUAUUGCCUCCCCCACCUGGUCCGCCUCCCUUAGUCACGAAUAAUUCUACAAGUAUGUGGGGAGGGGCAGCCUGGGGGCGCCAGCAAGGGUACCUGCCCCCGCCACCGCCUCUAGGCCCCAAUCAAUUUCAUAGUCAGCAAAAUCAAUACUCUCCGCACCCUGCUUAUCGCAACAACCAACCAGCGCCCCUGGCCAUACCUCCACCUCCUCAGAAUGAAGCUGUGGUAUCAGCGACGUACAUACCGGGUGGAGACUCAUUCGGUCCUGGUGUGGGCAUACCUGCCCUAUACUCGGGUCAUCAUGAACCAAUCUUCCAACGUGAUGACAGUUUCUCGUACUCGGCCGCAGAGGCUAAGAUGCUAGCCGAUCAAAGAUUCUUUAAUGGGCCUACAUCAGCUAUUUCGCCUAGUACUGAAUUGCCAGCCGAAAAUUCAUCUGUGCCUCAAACGCCUUUGACUCGCCAUCAUCCUACUCUCCCAAACAACGCCGCGCAGACCCCAGCCUCUGCUAACCAAGAAGGGACACCUAUCACAGGUCAUCGCCAUUCGAACAGCAACAACUCUGGGCUUUUGUCACCAAGCGAUCCAAGUCUGCAAUGGCCACUCGACCGCGUCCUCAUCUGGCUUGCUGCGAACGGCUUUUCGAACGAUUGGCAGGAAACAUUCAAGGGCUUGGAUUUGCAUGGGGCAGACUUUCUGGACCUAGGGCGAGGCGGCAGAGGAAAUCUUGGGAUGCUGCAUCAGGUGAUCUACCCAAGACUGUCAAGAGAAUGUACCAAAAGUGGUACAAAAUGGGAUCAAGUCAGGGAAAGAGACGAAGGAAAACGGAUGCGACGUCUAGUGCGAAGGAUGGCGGAAGGAGCAGAUGGUGUCAAACAAGGUCAUGCACGUCGUGAGUCUGGACAUAUACUGCCAAGCGCGUCUACGGAUGGAGGAGUGGAGAACUCGCCAAACCUAGGUCGUCAAGAUGGCUUUGCUCUUACACCAAGCACUGCCGGAGGUGGCGAAGAUAGUCCAGGGAAACAAUUCCGCUCUCCUGUCCCUGGGCUCAAUCCGCGCAUGGCCUCCAAAACUCGCAGUAGCACGGCGCCAAUGCAAUUCUACACGCACGGUGGCGCUACCACCAGUGAGCAAGGUCUUGCAGAAAUGUCGCAGCCCAAUCAGAGGGCGGGUCUUACAAGAGGCAUUUUGAACGGCAUGAAUGACGCAGUAUCUAAACGUGGGCAUAGCCCUAGCGCUUCUAGUGAGACAGGCGCUGGACCUACUUUUCUGGGCGAUACUCGCUCUGGCUACGAUGCUAGCCCUCAGAGCGGUAGUCCUGCAACGCAACAUGCCAUACUCGCUUCUUCUACCGGCGGUGGUACUCUUUCGGCUCCUCCAUAUGGCCGCUACGGUCAUCGCAAGACAGGCAGCACGGAUUCCGUGGCUUCAAAGGGAAGAAAUGGCCAAGAAAGUCAUCGACCGCCGAACCUUGAGGUUGCUGGCAAGCAGUCUUAUGAUGAAACUCCCAUAAGUGCGAAAGAGCUCACUAAAGGGUUUUUAGACAGGUUUUGGAAGCGGAAGAAAGAUGAUUCAUCACAUCCGUCACCCGAGGAUCAUAAUUCAGAAUCACCUACGAGCCCCCUGAACUAUCGACAUAUUCCACCAACUUUACCUUUUGCUCGGGCCAACAAUAACAGCAGUACGUCGCUUGAAAGACCCUCAUCUGCGUCUACCCAGAUGUCAGAUCACGAAAAGAUCGCUAUGCGGAGGAGAUACGUUAUGGUCACUCCCGAUCAAUGGAAUUAUCGCUUAGUUGACGUCACCGAAGCUGAAACUGCCGAAUCACUACGAGAAACAAUCUGCAGAAGCCUCCGUUACACGGAUGCAGACAUGGCCCAGAUCUACCUUACAGAGCCUGGCCAGAUCGAGCACGACGAGCCUCUGUCUGAUUCGAUGCUGGUUCUCUCCAAAACCUCGAGAGCAGAUUCUGCCGGCACGCUGAAGUUUUUUGUAAGGCGUGGUCCUACAUCAGCCGCUUUAGUACCUCCGCAUUCAGCGGGCCUGGGUAUUGGCAUGUCUCCAUUAGGAACGCCACCCGCAGGAAGUCUUUUCCCCAGAAAAGCGUUGGAUGAAGAAAGCUACACACGGCUGAAGACCAAUAGCCGAGUCCGUUCGAGAUCGCCACCGAUGAACUCCAGACAGAACACGCUGAAAGCUGACAGCGCUACUCCAAGAGAUGUGCAAAAGCCUUUCGAAGGCGCAAAUGGUAGUCCUAGAUUUGUGUCUGAGUCUCCCACUGGAGCCUCGGCGAAAGACCAAUUGCAGUCUCUCAAACCUGGUCGCGAAAAUGGAGCAGUGUCAGACGCUGAGUGGGGUCAAUGGCUACAAGCUGCUUACGAAGAACACCAGAAUAACACGGAGAAGAGUGGCAAAGCGUAUCAACAAGGAAGACAAGCAAAGGCCAGGAAAGAGCCAUCGCCCAUCGAUGUAGGGUCUGCCAGCAUCAAACGAGAUGGUGUCAUCAAUUUUGACACUCCUCGACUUUCACCAUACGAAGACAAGAGGCCUGAGCCUUUAGUACCGCUGAGAAAGCCUCCGGCGCCUCCUCCAGGAUCUGUUAUGCUAGAGAAGGCUAAUUCACUGAGCAAAAGAACUAGCGAAUCGUUCCGAUCCUCAAUAUCCAGCCAGCCUGACAUGGCAAAGAGAAGGUCGCUAGGGGAUUCAAUCGCUGAAGAGACAGAAGAACGAGGCCGUCGAAAGGCCAUUGCGGCUACACCAUCUGUCAGCGCUGGUAUCGGAGCGGCGUUGGCUACUACCGUUGGGAAGCCUAUUGGAUCUAGGCGGCAUAUGUCCACCCGGACUUCCAAUGACAGCGGGAAGCCUUCUCCGUCUCUGCAGAACGUUGGCUUUGGGCAAAACGGGUCUAGCAAGAACAGUCCAAGUGGGUCCCCCAAAAGCCCCCGCUUCAUGUACGGUAAAAAGGACAUUGAGUUCACCGUUCCUGACUAUGAAGAAGACGAUCUAGAAAAUGCAAAUAGUCGGAAGCCUAGCUUGGCCUUGCAGACGCAGAUGCCAAAGAACCCGUCUAUCGAAAGAAUGCGGCGUGGUCCAUCGCCAUCAAUUAGUCCAAGCUCUCAACAUCCGCCGUCUCGCAAAGGCUCGGUUUUUGGACGACCGAAAUCUUAUGGUCCUGCCUUCUCAUUCAAGGAAAGCGAAGUCACCUUCGACCAAAAGCCUAGCCAACAAGAGAAAUCUGACGACUCUGACGAUGGACUCUUCGCGAAGCCUCUUGCAAAGACUGUAACAAAGAAGUCUUCUGCAUCAGAAGAUGAAUCAGGAGUACAGAGGCGACCAACACUUACCCUCAACACGGAAGGUAGUCAGCGCCGGCUAAUGAAAGGACGAUCUGUCACAUUUAAGGACCCCGAGAAUUCGGCGAGCACAUCCACUGUGCGGUCCAGUGAGACGGUUGAUCUUGACAAUGAAGGUCACCCUGUUGUUCAGCCCAGUAAUCCUGACUCGAAUACAUCUGCUACAAUGUCGGCAGACUACCCGGAUCCAGCGAAAUUGGCGAGGCGGCAGUCAUUCGCCAGGGAUGAUGUUUGGGCCAAUCGUCCACCAGCAGAGGAUCUACUAAACAACCUCGACGCUUUCUUCCCGAACCUUGAUCUGGAUCAGCCUGUUGUAGAAGACCUCGUCGGCUCGCCACCCGUCUCUCCCGAUGCUGGCGUAGAGUCUAAUCCAAUGGACAAUGGCGCUGCUCCGUCAGGACAAGCACAACGUUUGAUCAGGACAUCGCUGUACGAUCGAGUACGUCCAGACUCCAUAGCGGAGGAGCCGGAGACGCUGGGUUCUGAAGAUUCUACGCUGAAGAGCCGAGCUACGAUGCAAUCCAUGGCCCAGCGAAGUGUGCGCAAGAGUGAAGGUUUAGGCCGAAUGAAGUCCAUUCGUGAGGUGGCCCGUGGAGCCUACGAAGGCUCGUCGAAAAGGAACACUCAAGUAUCAACAAGCUCCAAGUCAGGCGACAUUCUGCGGCGAAGAAGUACGAAAAUGUUCGGAGCGAAAAUCAAUAUGGUCAAGCCGGGGAGGGGGAGCAGAGUUAGUCUAAUUGAAGCGGUUCCAAAAGACCUACCACCAGGCAUCAAUUCCUUUCAAAUUGGUAGGGGUCAAUUGAUUGGCAAAGGCAGCUAUGGCAGAGUCUACCUAGGUAUCAAUCUUACAACAGGAGACUUAUUAGCGGUCAAGCAAGUCGAGGUCAAUCAAAAGGCAGCCGGGCAAGACAAAGACAAAAUGAAGGAAAUGGUAGCGGCACUCGAUCAAGAGAUUGAUACCAUGCAGCACCUAGAGCACCCGAACAUCGUGCAGUAUCUCGGUUGCGAACGGAAAGAAUUCUCCAUCUCCAUUUUCCUCGAGUACAUAUCUGGUGGCAGUGUAGGCAGCUGUCUCCGCAAAAACGGCAAAUUCGAAGAAAGCCUCGUUCGCUCCCUGACCCGUCAGACUCUUGCCGGUCUCGCCUACCUCCACAAUGAAGGCGUCCUGCACCGCGACCUCAAAGCUGAUAACAUCCUUCUCGACGUCGACGGGACCUGCAAGAUCUCUGACUUCGGGAUCAGCAAAAAAACCGACAACAUCUACGGCAAUGAUGUAACAAACAGCAUGCAAGGAUCCGUCUUCUGGAUGGCCCCCGAGGUCGUUCGCUCCGAGGGUCAAGGCUACAGCGCCAAAGUCGACAUCUGGUCCCUGGGCUGCGUGGUGUUAGAAAUGUUCGCCGGCCGCCGGCCCUGGAGCAAAGAAGAAACUAUCGGCGCCAUUUACAAACUCGGAUCUUUGAAUCAGGCGCCGCCGAUUCCGGAUGAUGUGAGUGACUCGGUUAGCCCGGAAGCGGUAGCGUUUAUGUCGGAAUGUUUUGAGAUUGAUCCGGGUGAAAGGCCGACAGCGGAGACCCUGUUAAGGCAACAUCCAUUCUGUAAGGUUGAUCCUUAUUAUGACUUUUUGGGGACGGAGUUGCAUAGGAGAAUUAGGGAGGCGAAGGAUGAUUUCAGGUAUAAUGGGCAGUAUCAGUAA